AUGGGAAAUUCAAUGUCAGUUUCUGAAGAUCAAACUAAAUUCUCCCCUAAUGAAGUUUCGUUGACCCAUACAAUUUUCAGAUUUCUGAAAGAAUUACAGCCAGAUGAGAAGUACCACCUCUCGAUGGCACUCGUUGGGAUAGCUAUGAAUGCUAUAACGAACAUGUCCUACCCUAGGAUCCUGGGACUCCUGAUUGAUUCCUCGGAGUCGGGACAGCUCGAGCUUGACAGGCAGGGGGACUACCACUCUGUGGUUCCUUUUUACUCCUUCAAAAGUCUCUACGAAGGCAUUAGCACAAUGAGCUCAAGCUGCUCGUUCAAUAGGAUCUUUUUGCAUUCAUUGCCAAUCUAUGUCGGAGGAUCCCUGGCAUCGUGGUUCAGGAUUUAUCACACACACAGCGCCAUCUAUCUGAUACAGAAGAGGUAUAGAAGGCAGAUGUUCGAGAAGCUGCUUUCGCAAAAUCUGCUCUUCUUCCAGUCAAACACCGCGAACUACUUCGUCCAGAAGUUCCAGAAGGACUGCCAAGAUGGCCCGAGCGUGCUCAUUGAGACGCUGGCGCAUCUCCUAAGAUGCUCCAAUUCAGUGGUGGUUGGAACUUACCACCUGUUCUCAAUAUCGUCAUCACUGGCGAUGUCGAUGCUGCUGUCGCUUCCACUGUUCGGGGCGUGCAUGAAGUUGGUAUCCUCGUUCAUCAAAAGGUUCCAGUCGCUUAAAACUCAGAAGCUUGACUCCGUGAUCGCAAAAGCCGAAGAGGUGAUAUCAGGAAUCGAGAACGUUAUCUCAUUUUCGAAAGAGGAUCACGAAGUGGAGUCGUUCAUUCAAGACUUGAACAAGUGCGACGAGGUCGCAUACAAGUCAAAUAGCCUAGAUGGGCUUCUCAUGGGUUCUAUUCUGUCAACAGUUAACCUCUCGAGCCUGGUGAUGAUAUAUUUCGGAACGAGGAUGAUGAGGUCAGGGGACAUGACAAUAGGAAAAUUUGCAUCGUUUGUUUUGUACGGAGGAUUCGUAGGAAUGGGAUUGGUUGGACUGUCCACGGUUUACGGUAAACUGGUUAAGGCAUCUAUGUCAAUGAACAGCAUAUACUCAAUCACAGACUUAGAAGAAAAAAGUGAUGAAAAGAUAAUUCUGGACGAGGUAAAGGGCUCCCUUGAAGUUCAGAACGUAUCGUUCAAGUACCCGAGUAGAAGUGAUUAUGCCCUGAAGGAUAUCUCGAUGAGAAUAGAGCCAGGAGAAGUGGUCGCAGUAGUGGGACCGAGUGGAGCUGGAAAAACGACACUGUGCAAACUGUUUAUCACAAUAUACAGGCCGACAGAAGGAGAGAUACUGGUCGAUUCCACAGACGUGAGCCGCCUGAGCUCCAAGUGGCUGAGAGACUCAGUAUUCUCAAUUGUGACCCAGGAACCAGUCCUGUUUUCUACCACAAUCGAGGAAAACAUGAAGUACGGAAACGUGAAAGCCACAGACGAGGAGAUGAUAGAGGCAGCCAAGGACUGCAACAUCCACGAGUUCAUAGACACACUGCCAAUGAAGUAUCAGUCGGAAGUGGGAACGAAGGGAGUUGCGCUAUCAACAGGACAGAAGCAGAGAAUAUGCUUAGUCAGGGCAAUACUGAAAAAAACACCAGUACUGAUUCUGGAUGAGCCUACUUCAAGUCUGGACGGAUUCUCGGAGGAGCUGGUGACGACGGCAAUUAAGUUAACGACUAAGGACAAGACCGUGAUCAUAAUAACACACAAGCCGCAAAUACUGAACCAGGUUAGCAAGGUGGCAGUGUUGAACACGAGUUUGGAGUACUUCGGACCCUUAGAGGGGGCCAAAGCGAGGAGCAAGACGUUCAAAUCGCUAUUUCCCAGUCUUUAG